AUGGCCCAUUCAAGCCCAGCACAGUUUUUGGCACAAGUUGCCAAAGCUGGAAAUGGGGAUAUUUAUUAUACCACGGAUACUAAAGCCAUCGAGUCGGAAUUCUCCGCUGCGCUGGCUGACCUGCAGGCGAAGGGCACACAGCUAUUGAAUUCCGCGGACCCAUUUGCAGCCGUAGUAGAAUGCCUUGACAAAACCAGUGUCACCUCCGUUUUCACUGACGAGACUACUUUGGUGAAUGCGUUGCCUCAUCUGUACGCCUUGAAAGGUUUUCCAGUGGUUAUCACAAUCGAGCUUGCAUUGAAUGAGUAUGCCACGGUGCCGCUUCUGAAGGAUUUGUCCUUCGCAACUCUGAUUUCGAGCUCUAGUACUAAUUUGUGCCAUCACGCUGUGGCUGCUGCCAAAAGUGCUGCUGAAACACUCCAGCCCGUCUUCCAUUUUGUCAAUUUGUCUAGAAUGGGUGAACUGUCAUCUAUUGAAAUUCCAGACCUUAAAGUUGCAGAAGAGCCAUUGCUCGAAAGCGUUGCUUUAAAAGACAUUGCUAAGUUGACUUACCACAGCACCUCCAAGUCGCCAUCCAUUCUUGUCGUUAAUCUGUCACCUUAUGCACAACAAUUUGCAGACUCAUUGCCCUUGGAUGCUGCGCUAAUUGACAUUUCUGUUUACAGGCCUUGGUCCUUUCAGCGAUUCUUUGAAAAUGUACCCAAGUCUGUUCAAAAGAUUGUUAUAGUCCAGAGAACUAAUAACAGGCUUUCGGCACACGGCGUUGAGCCUGUCUUACUGGACUUCUUUGCUGAUUUCAAUAGUUUGGUUGAAAGAGGUAUUGAUCAGCUUUUAGUCACCAACAUCGGACAACUGAAAGACGCUGCCGCGUCCCUAAAUCAGAUUAUCGCCAAUGUCAAGAGUGAAAAACCUGACCAAACUCUAUUUAUAGGGGAGGCUGCUAGCUUUACGUCCAAAACACAGAAACUAUGUUCGUCAAUGAAGAACAUCUUCUCCCUAGAGGACGCCUAUAUGAAGGUUUUACAACAAGUAUUUUCUUCAAAUCUUCAAGUUUUGAAUGACUACCAAGAUAAAAGCGUCAAUGCAACUAGCCCCGAGUAUGGAUUUGGCCUCUUAACAAAGCAAGAAUCUGAAAGGCAAGACCUAAUCAUGGUAGUCCGGGAUUCUCUUGAUUCUGGCGCUUAUAAUUCCCCAAAAGGUGCACGUAUCGUGGAACUUCUAUCUAAGUGGCUGCGCUUCAAUGAAGUUGAGUUCAAGGAGGCUUCUCUGGAAGAAGCAAACAAAAUCGCUGUAGAAAUUUACGAGUUACUUGAAGAAAAUCAAGAUUCCACUGUGGCGCUAAAACUUUUGAAGGCAGCCCCUUCCGUCGAAAGCUUCAAAUUUGCCUCGAAGUGGUUAAUUGGCUCAGAUGCUUGGUCUUAUGACCUCGGUAACUCUGGCGUACAUCACGUCCUAGCCUCCAGAAAGGACGUCAAUAUGCUUAUCAUUGACUCUGAACCAUAUGAGAAUGUCAAAAACUCACAGUCCAAGCUGAGAAAGAAAGACGUUGGUUUGUAUGCUUUGAACUUUGGAGAAGCCUACGUUGCAUCGGUUGCGGUGUAUGCAUCCUACACCCAACUCCUCACCGCUAUAAUUGAGGCUGCUAAAUUCUCGGGCCCAUCUAUCAUUUUGGCUUAUCUACCUUACACAAGUGAAGAAGACACACCUUUAGAAGUUUUGAAGGAAACUAAAAAAGCUGUAGAAUCUGGUUACUGGCCCCUGUACAGAUACAAUCCUAGAGAAGAAAAUUCAGAUGAUGCUUUCAAGUUAGAGUCUUCUGUUAUUAGACGUCAACUCCAAGAGUUUCUUGAUAGGGAAAACAAAUUAACUCUUCUCACUAGAAAGAGCCCUGAUUUGGCUCGCAAUUUAAAGCACAGCGCCAGCAGCGGUAUCGAAGCCAAACAACAAAGAAGAGCGAAGGCCGCGUAUGAGCAAUUGCUAGAGGGUCUGUCAGGUCCUCCGCUACAUAUUUAUUACGCAUCUGACGGUGGAAAUGCUGCGAAUUUGGCCAAAAGAUUGGGUGGUCGAGCUGCUGCUAGAGGCUUAAAAUCCACUGUUCUUUCCAUGGAUGACAUUGAUCUUGAAGUAUUUCCACAGGAACAAAAUGUUGUUUUCAUUACUUCUACUGCGGGUCAAGGUGAGUUUCCUCAAGACGGUAAAGCUUUUUGGGAUCUCUUGAAGGCCACUUUAGACUUAGAUCUGGCUUCUUUGAAUGUUGCAGUAUUUGGUCUCGGAGAUUCCCUCUAUUGGCCACGCAAAGAGGAUAAACACUACUAUAACAAGCCUGCCCAAGAGUUGUUCAAGCGGUUAGAACUUCUUUCUGCAAAACCUUUGGCUCCACUUGGUUUGGGUGAUGAUCAAGAUGCUGAUGGAUACCAAACUGGUUACAGCGCAUGGGAGCCUCAACUAUGGGAAUCUUUGGGCGUCUCAGGGGCUGCUGUUCCAGAUGAGCCCAAACCGAUCACGAACGAAGACAUUAAGAUCGGGUCCAACUUUUUGCGUGGUACAAUAGCUGCAUCGCUAGUAGACGACUCUACAGGUGCCAUUUCCGCGUCUGACCAACAACUAACAAAGUUCCAUGGUAUCUACAUGCAAGAUGACCGUGAUAUUCGGGAUACUAGAAAAGCACAGGGUUUAGAACCUUAUUACAUCUUCAUGAGCAGAAUCAGACUGCCGGGCGGUAAGGCCACACCUGAUCAGUGGUUGGUGUUAGAUAAACUGGCUGAUAAGACAGGAAAUGGUACGAUUAAGAUUACCACAAGGGCUACUUUCCAAUUGCAUGGUGUGGUAAAGAAAAACUUGAAGCACACAAUUCGGGCUAUGAACUCCACUCUCAUGGACACUGUCGCGGCGUGUGGUGAUGUCAACAGAAACGUUAUGGUUUCGGCUCUUCCAGCUAAUGCAAAGGUACACAAGCAGGCUGCUGACAUUGCGGCUAAGAUUAGCGAGUACUUGCUUCCACAGACCACCGCUUACCACGAAAUUUGGCUAGAGGGUGCGGACUCUAACGACGACAAUCCUAAUUGGCCAUCCAUUUUUGAAAACAGAAAGGAGGGUCCUAUAAAGAAAAAGACAUUAGUUGGGGGAAACGCUUUAGUCGAUGUUGAACCAAUGUACGGUCCUACCUAUUUGCCCAGAAAAUUCAAGAUCAAUAUAGCGGUCCCACCCUACAAUGAUGUCGACGUUUGGUCGAUUGACGUUGGUCUAAUAGCAAUUGUUGAUCAGGAUACCCAAAUUCUUAAGGGUUUCAACAUGUAUGUUGGUGGUGGCAUGGGAUGCACUCAUAACAAUAAGAAGACAUAUCCUAGAACAGGCUCUUCAUUUGGCUAUGUAGAUGCUGAGGAUGUGCAUAUUGCUAUCGAGAAAGUUAUGCUGGUCCAAAGAGAUCACGGUGAUCGUCAGAAUCGUAAGCACGCUCGACUAAAGUAUACUGUUGAUGAUCUAGGCGUCGAUGGCUAUAGACAAAAGGUAGAGGAGAUCUGGGGCAAAAAGUUUGGUCCUGAACAGCCUUACGAGAUCAAAUCCAAUAUUGAUUACUUCGGCUGGGUUAAGGACGAGACUGGUAAGAAUCACUUUACGAUCUUUAUUGAAAAUGGUAGGGUAGAGAAUUCUCCAGAUUUGCCUCAGAAAACUGGUUUGGCUAAAAUUGCUGCUUAUAUGAAGCAGACGAAUGCUGGUCACUUCCGGUUAACUGGUAAUCAACACGUUGUCAUAAGCGACAUCACCGACGAGCAUUUGGACCAUGUGAAGUCGCUGUUGAAAUCCCAUUGCCUGGAUAAUACUGACUUUAGUGGACUAAGGCUUUCGUCUGCUGCGUGUGUCGCAUUACCCACAUGCGGCUUGGCCAUGGCGGAGUCCGAGCGCUACUUGCCUGUUCUGAUCACUAAGCUUGAAGAUAUUUUAGAGCAAUACGGGUUACGCCAUGACUCCAUUGUAAUGAGAAUGACCGGUUGCCCCAACGGUUGUUCCAGGCCAUGGCUUGCCGAAGUCGCCUGCGUGGGUAAGGCGCCUGGCACGUACAAUUUGAUGCUGGGGGGCGGCUACUACGGCCAAAGGUUAAACAAGCUUUACAAGGCUUCUAUCAAGGAAGAGGAAAUUAUUGCCAUCCUGAAGCCUAUGUUCAAAAAUUGGUCGUUGCAUAGACGGGACGGUGAACAUUUCGGUGACUUCCUUAUCAGAACCGAUGUAAUCAAGCCGACUUUGGAAGGUAAGUUUUUCCAUGACGAUGUUUCGGAGGAUGCUCUAUGA